CCAGUUGCUUCUCAUCAAAAACAAAAAACAGAACCAGUUGCUAGCUAGUUCCGUUAUUCAUCUUCAGCAUUUCAUACAAUAAACCACAAUAUCAUGAUGAAGGUUUGUGUAAGUUCUAGAGAAAAAAUUAAACCUUCUCGUCCAACUCCAGGUCACCUCAAAACCCAUAAACUAUCAUUUCUCGAUCAGGUUGCAGCUCGAAUUUACGUUCCUCUCCUUCUUUACUAUGCCGGCAACAAAGAAAAUGUCGAUACUGACACUCGUUGUAAUAUAAUUAAGAAAUCCUUAGCUGAAACAUUAACAAAAUUCUACAUCUUGGCUGGUAAGAUCGUAAAUGAUGAAAUCGAAAGAUUUGUGAAUUGUAACGACGAUGGGGUGGAUUUUUGCGUAACCAAAGUAAGUAAUUGUCAACUCUUCCAAGUAAUUAAAAGACCUGAUAUAUUUGAUCAAGUGACACUAUUCCUCCCUUUUGAUCCAUGUGAUAAUGAAAUUACUGCGUCUGGGGAUUUCUUGCUCUCUGUUCAAGUUAACGUUUUCGAGGAUUGCCGUGGAAUGGUGAUAGGUUUGUGCAUUAACCACAAGGUAGCUGACGCAUCUUCAAUCACCACAUUCGUGAACUACUGGGCUACAAUUGCUCGUGGUCUGGUUUUAAACGUUGAUGAUCGACAAAUCCAAGAUCCUUGUUUCCAAGUGCAAUCUAUUUUUCCACAAAAAGAAAAAGGAAUCGGUUUCAAAAUUUCCUCGUCCUCGAUAGAUGGAACACUGGUGACUAAGAAAUUUGGGUUCGAGGCUUCCAAAUUAGCAGAACUUAAAGAAAGAUGCAAGUUCACCACUGAACCUGAAGAUGGAUACAAGCCGACGCGUGUUGAAGCCUUAUCGGCUUUCUUAUGGAAGUGUUUCAUAGACAUAGACCAAGCCAAACUCAAGGGAGUUGCUCGUACAAAGGUUUAUUUAGCAACAAAUGCAGUAAAUAUGAGGUCAAGGAUGGUUCCGCAGUUGCCUACAAGCUCCUUCGGCAAUAUAAUCUCCAUCACAGAUGCAGUAUUCAGCAUAAAUAACGAUGACAGCACUGGCAUAAAUGAUCCAUACUAUCCGAAACUGGUGCGAAAAUUUAGGGACGCCAUAAAGAAAAUCGAUAGAGACUACAUAGAAGCUUUGCGUAGUACGGAUUUACUCCUAAAUAACAUGAUGAAGUUGAUUGAACAUGUUUUAAGCGGUCAUACAUUGUCGAUAUACUUCAGUAGUUGGUGUAGGUUUCCACUAUAUGAGACAGAUUUUGGUUGGGGAAAGCCAAUCUGGGUUAGUACUUGUACAAUUCCUCAGAAGAACGUAAUCGUGUUAAUGGAUUCAAAUUCUUCGGCAGAUGGAAUUGAAGCAUAUGUAACCUUGGCUAAAGAAGACAUGGGAGAAUUGGAACAUCACGAGGAACUCCUUGCACUUAUUUCCUAAUUAUAUAUAGGGGCAUUUUGAUUAAUUGUUGUUGCCAAACUAGGGCUUUUUUUUUUUUGUUUGUGUGUGUGUGAAGCAUAAAC